GUAUGAGUGUAUAAUUAAGAAAAUGAAAAUGAUUAAUCGAAGAGCUGACUAUUAAAAUGCAAACACUUUCAGCUUAAACUGUUGUAAGAAGAGGAAAUAAAUAGCUCGAAAUUGGAAUUGAAUAAUAAAUAAAUUAAACAAUAAGAAAUAGAAUACACUUUUAUAAUAAUUAUGAAUUUAAAACUUAGAAAACAAUUAGGACCUAUUAAUAACCCUGAAUUUAAUGAUAUACAAAAUAUCUAGAAUGCAAAAGAAGCUUUGACUAAUUGAAACUGAUAUAAUCUAAUUUUUCUAGAUUAUUGAUAAAGAGAAAUAAUGAAACAAAAAUAGUUAGAAGUGAAAUGAAUCAUUGCUAAAUGCUCAUUAUCCAACUCUCAAAGCACAAAAGUGGAGAAAUA